AUGCACCGCGCGCGCGGCCUGUGGCGGGCCGGGGUCCCCGCGGCCCUCGGGGGGUCCCGGGCGCUCUCGGCUCGUGCCGAGCUCGGUUCCCGGAACGCCGAGCUCGCCUUGGGUCCCGAAGCCGAAGCGGACCCCGCGCUGCUCCGCGCCAGCAGCCCCGAGCUGUCCCGGCGCCUCCGCGGCCUCGCUCUGGUCCGCGGCCGGUUCGUCAGCGACGGGGAAGCGGCGGAGCUGCUGCGGGAGGUGGAACCGGGGCUGGGCCGCGCCCGGUACCAGAACGACCACUGGGACCGGGCCAUCACCGGUUACCGGGAGACGGAGCGGAGCCUGCGGGGGAGCGCGGGGCGGGCGCUGCUGCUGCGGCUGAGCCCCGCGUUCCCCCCGCGCCGCCCGCCCCGGGCCUGCGCCCACGUCCUCGAUCUCCUCCCGGGGGGACGCGUGGGGCCGCACGUGGACAGCGUCAAGUUCUGCGGCUGCACCAUCGCGGGGGUCUCGCUGCUGUCCCCCAGCGUCCUGCGGCUCCGGAGCCUCCGGGACCCCCGGGAGUGGCUGGAGCUGCUGCUGGAGCCCGGCUCCCUCUACGUGCUCCGGGGUGCCGCCAGGUACGAGUUCACCCACGAGAUCCUCCCGGACGAGGAAUCGUUUUUCGGGGAGCUGCGGGUGCCGCGGGGGCGCCGGGUGGCUCUGAUCUUCCGCAACGACCCCCCCGAGACGCCUCCGCAGCCUCUCUGCGACCUCCCGGCGUUUAUUGAGGACCCCGCGCCCCCAAAGUGAGACCCCCUCCCCACAAAAAAAUAAAAACAGCCAUUUCCCCCCCUCCCCAAA